AACGUUUACGCGCAGAAAUAAUGGACUCCCCCUCUGGUUAGCGCGCUUUAACAUUACAGGCUACAUAUUUCAUUCUGUCAAACAUCUGAGUAAAAUGUGGACAGUUCCGAAGCCAAAGUACAGAACUGGUUUGUGCGCCGAGGGGGAGAUCGCUGUGAACAUUGGCGGAGUCCGUGUGGUGCUUUUCGGGGAUGUUUUGAACCGCUACCCGGACAGCAGACUGGCGGAGCUGUUGAACUGCUCAACUCAGAAUCAUGAAGUCAUAUCCUCGCUCUGCGACGACUUCGACCCUGGCAGAAAAGAGUUUUACUUCGACCGAGAUCCCGAUGCCUUCAAGUGCAUCAUCGAUGUGUACUACUUCGACGAAAUCCACAUCAAACCCGGCAUUUGCCCCAUCUGCUUCAUGAAAGAGAUGGAGUUCUGGAAAAUCGACCAGGAUGUUUUAGACGAGUGCUGUAAAAGCUACCUGAGCGAGAAGGAGGAGGAGCUGACAGAGAUUGCAAACAAAGUAAAAGUGAUUCUGGAGGACCUGGAGGUAGAUCGGUGCAUCACGCGUGCCCAGCGGUGCCAGAGGUUCCUGUGGAAGCUGAUGGAGAAGCCGGAUACCUCGCGGCCGGCGCGCGUCAUUACCAUCGCGUCCUUCCUCUCGGUCCUGGUCUCGGCGGUGGUGAUGUGCGUGGGGACCAUCCCGGAGCUCCAGGUGGCGGACGCCGAGGGGAAGCUGGUGGAGCACCCGAUCCUGGAGGCGAUCGAGACCGCCUGCAUGACGUGGUUCACCGCGGAGUACCUGCUGCGUCUCGCCUCCUCUCCGAACAAGCUGCACUUCGCCCUCUCCUUCAUGAACGUCGUCGACUUCAUGGCCAUCGUGCCUUUCUACGUGGUCCUAUCCCUCACCUACCUCAGCACCACGUCCAUGAUGGAGUUGACCAACGUCCAGCAGGCUGUGCAGGCGCUCCGCAUCUUGCGCAUCGCGCGCAUUUUCAAGCUGGCGCGCCACUCCUCCGGGCUGCAGACCCUGACCUACGCGCUCAAAAAUAGUCUGAAAGAGCUGGGCUUGCUCCUCAUGUACAUGGGCAUAGGCAUCUUCGUGUUCUCGGCGCUGGCCUACACCUUGGAGCAAAGCCACCCAGAGACGCUUUUCAGGAGCAUCCCGCAUUCUUUCUGGUGGGCCAUCAUCACCAUGACCACGGUGGGCUACGGGGACAUCUACCCCAAGACCACGCUCGGCAAGUGCAACGCGGCCGUGAGCUUCCUGUGCGGGGUGAUAGCCAUUGCCUUGCCCAUCCACCCCAUCAUAAACAACUUCGUGGUGUUCUACAACAAGCAGAAAGUGCUAGAGAACGCGGCGAAGCACGAGCUGGAGCUGAUGGAGCUGAAGUCGGGCGGGGACGCGCGCAGGAAAAGCAGCGAUUCCGCGGACGCACCAGCAGUGUGAGAAUCCAGUCCGAGUCCAGUGAAGACUUUUACAAGAGCUUUUGCUGCGAAUUCAUUCCUGAGGAAGAAAUUAAUCCUAAACAUAUGAAGCCAAAGUUAAUUUAUAAGAUUCGGACCUUGACUGAAGACAAUGAGACAUUUUCUAUGGUCACAUUGGGACAGCUCCAUGCAGUGACACCUGUAGUUAGCAUGUUGUCUCCACACAGCUGUGUCGUUCUGUUGCUUGGUUGAAUGUGUCACGUGCCGCUUGUUCCACGGUGCGGUCAUUUCUUUUCAUAACUCUCGCUGUUGUGAAGGCUGUUGUUAUCAUUGAAUUAAAAGUUCAUGUACACGGACACACACUUGUGCACAGAGAAUCAUUAAAGCGUUACAUUUAACCUGCUAACUGAGGUGAAACAAGUUCCCCCCGAUUUAACAAAUAACAAUACAAUUAAGGAGAAGUUUUUUAGGGACUUAUAUUGGAUCAGUGUGGGUGGAUUCAUAGCUGCUAUAAUUUUAAGAAAUGCAAUAAAUUAGAUAAGCUAAAAUAUGACUAAAGCCGAGUCAUAAGUUGCAGCCCCCAGAAAAAUGCAUCUCUUUAAUUAUAUUGUGCUAAAAGUGAUUGUAGAAGAAUGUCUCCUGCUCAUAUUUUGUGUUCUGUGCAGUUUGUGUCUGGCUGACCCCAUUGAUCAGAUGUGAUUAUUAAUUCCCUCGGGACCUGGAUGGAUUACUGAACGGGCCCAGGGGCCCAAAGUGUGAGGGGCUCCCCUGGCCUUCACCUGCAAAAUGUCACAAUGUCAAAGAGACUAUUUUACAUUUUGAACCAGGAAGACUCAAAUGACCACAAAGAUGACAUAAAAUGACUACAAUGAGAUACAAAACAGCAGCAAAUGGACACUAUGAGACUCACAAUGACUAUGAAAAGGGGCAAAACAACCUCAUAGAGACACAGAAUCACGACAAAUAGACACAAAGCAGCUAUGAAGAGACUCAAAUGACCACAAAGAAACAGAAAGCGACUACAAAGAGACUAUAAACAAUGACAGAGAUGCGAAGCAGCUGCAAAGAGACUACACAAUGACUAUGAAAAGGGGCAGAACAACUUCUUAGAGACAGAAAAUGUUUACAAAUAGACACAAAGCAAGUACAAAGAGAUGCUAAACGACUACAAAAACACACAAAAUGACUACAAAAAGAUCAAAACAACUUCAAAGUCCGCCUAUGGUUUGAACAGAAAUUCAAAAAAGCAAGCUUUUAAACAAUGAGAACAUGGUGGGCUGUCAUACUGUCUCAAAAGUGAAAGGAUAUUUUUUUUUGUGGUUUCUCAUUUUAAUCUUUAGUCUCGGAGUCAUCUGACCCAACCUGACACUAACCACAUACUGACCAGCUGCUGACAAUGACAUCCACUGUCCCAGAGAUGUGAACAGAUAUUCUGUUCCAGUAUUUUUGCUGAGGUCCAAAAGUAAAGUGUAUGUGUCUUCUGAAUGUCCCAUUCAUGUCAGCGUGCUUUACUCGUUUUAGAACACAACACAACCUAUCUAUAUGAAAUCAAGCUAUGUGACCUGUCUAAGCCAUGCAACAUUUUCACAAAUUGCAUUUUCAAAUCUUUUUUAAUGAAAAGAUACAGAUUGAGUGUUGAGGUCGUUCAAAACUGCAUACAGAAGAGAAGGAGUACUUUUUGUUGAAAAGGCAUUCAUUUGUCAAAAGACUGGUGAUGGGACACCUGUUUGAAAUAAAAUGAUGAUUUUAUUUCGUUUUUUGAAGAUCAUUUUUGAGAAGUCAUGUAGAAGAUUCCGAUAUGACCACUGAUUCUGGGUAAUUGAAUCAAUAACAGUGCAUCAUAACCUCAUCAUAU